UCAGUUAAAAACUACACCAAAUGCCAUGUGAGGAAUGAACAGAUCUGCAAUAAGCUGACCAGCUGCAAGAGCUGCUCCCUACACCUGAACUGCCAGUGGGACCAGCGGCAGCAGGAGUGCCAGGCACUCCCUGCUCACCUGUGCGGCGAGGGCUGGAGUCACGUGGGCGACGCCUGCCUGCGCAUCAAUUCCAGCCGCGAGAGCUACGACAACGCCAAACUCUACUGCUACAACUUGAGUGGGAAUCUUGCCUCAUUAACAACCUCAAAGGAAGUGGAAUUUGUUCUGGAUGAAAUACAGAAGUAUACGCUUCAGAAAAUUUCCCCUUGGGUAGGUUUACGCAAGAUCAACAUCUCCUACUGGGGCUGGGAUGACAUGUCUCCUUUCACCAACACAACUCUGCAGUGGCUUCCUGGAGAGCCAAAUGACUCUGGCUUCUGUGCCUAUCUAGAAAGAGCAGAGGUGGCAGGUCUGAAAGCGAAUCCAUGCACGGCCAUGGCAGAUGGUCUCGUGUGUGAAAAACCUGUUGUCAGUCCUAACCAGAAUGCCAGACCCUGCAAAAAGCCAUGCUCCCUGAGAACAACGUGUUCUAACUGCACGAGCAAUGGUAUGGAAUGUAUGUGGUGCAGCAGUACGAAGAGAUGUGUUGACUCAAACGCCUAUAUCAUCUCCUUCCCAUAUGGACAGUGCCUGGAAUGGCAAACUGCCACAUGCUCCCCUCAAAACUGCUCUGGACUGAGGACCUGUGGACAGUGUUUGGAACAGCCUGGGUGCGGAUGGUGCAAUGAUCCCAGUAACACUGGCAAGGGACAAUGUUUGGAAGGAUCAUCAAGAGGCCCAAUGAAGCCUGUUGGCAUGCACUCUAAUGAAAUGAUGCUUGAUGCUAGUCUUUGUCCAAAAGAGAAAAAUUACGAGUGGUCUUUUAUCCAGUGUCCAGCUUGCCAGUGUAAUGGCCACAGCACUUGUGUCAACAGUAAUGUCUGUGAUCAAUGUAAAAACUUAACGACAGGAAAGCAAUGUGAAACAUGCAUGCCAGGAUACUAUGGGGACCCCACAAAUGGAGGACAAUGUACUGCUUGCACUUGCAGUGGACAUGCAAAUAUUUGUCACAUGCAAACAGGAAAAUGUUUCUGCACGACUAAGGGAAUCAAAGGAGACCAGUGUCAACUCUGUGACUCUGAAAAUAGGUAUCUUGGAAAUCCGCUUAGGGGAACAUGUUACUACAGCCUUUUGAUAGAUUACCAGUUUACCUUCAGCUUGCUACAAGAGGAUGAUCGCCAUCACACUGCCAUAAACUUUAUAGCAAAUCCAGAACAGUCAAAUAAGAAUUUGGAUAUAUCAAUUAAUGCAUCAAACAACUUCAACCUCAAUAUUACAUGGUCUAUUGGUUCUACAGCUGGAACAAUAUCUGGAGAAGAGAUUCCUGUUGUUUCUAAGGCUAGUAUUAAGGAAUACAGAGAUAGCUUUUCCUGUGAAAAAUUUAACUUUCGGAGCAACCCAAACAUCACUUUCUAUGUUUAUGUCAGCAAUUUCUCCUGGCCAAUCAAAAUACAGAUUGCCUUCUCACAGCACAAUACGAUCAUGGAUCUGGUGCAGUUCUUUGUCACCUUCUUCAG